UCACGCACAGAGAUCCGCGAGAACCAAAUUCAAAGCCGGUCUAUAGGAAGAGUUCUACCAUUCUAGUCAGAUACUCAGCAGAAACAAAGGGUUCCCGCUUGCAUCCUCUGCUAAGAGCAAUCGUUGAGUGCACAACCUUUCAAGUUUCGAGACAGAAAAAUGAGCGGCGACGAUGCUAAUCGGAACAAGGAUAAUCCCUGGCCGUCUCCGAACAGAGCCUCUCAAGAAAAAGAGGAAUACAUGAAGCUCUGGGGGAUUUUUCUCUUCAGUCUAAUCGGCGCCACUGCCACUACUUUUGCCGUUGGCCAACUUCGGAGGACUGCUGAUUGGAUCUAUGUUCAGCUGACCAGGUCACAAUCAUCAUGGAAAGGAGGAACUGGCAGUUCUUUCCGGUCAAGCUUUCAGGAGGAAGCACGGAAAAAGUAUAAUCGCCGCAUGCAAGAGGAGUAUGAAGAAGAAAUGGAGAGAGUUGAACGUAUAAGGCGGGUGCAAAGUGUGUUCAACAGAGAGAGGAACAAAUACAGAACGGGCUAUGAGAGCUGGAGGGAAAGUGGACCUGGUGCAUAUCAUCAACAUUUCCAGCGAGAUGAUUGGUAUUGGAAAACUGAUACGUCCCAUAAAUAUCAGAGAUCCAGUUUCAAGGAAACUCCGAGAGCAAGUGCUGGUUAUUGGUUAUCACAUCAUUAUUCAGUUUUGGGUCUUAACAGGUGCAGAACAACACCAUAUACUGAUGCUGAGAUUAAGACAGCAUUUAGGGCUAAGGCAAAGGAGUUUCACCCAGAUCAGAACCAGGAUAAUAAAGAGGCUGCUGAGGUAAAGUUUAAAGAGGUGAUGACGUCAUAUGAGGCCAUUAAGGAAGAAAGAAAGAAAUUUGCGUAAAUCGCCUCAAAAUCCAGUAAGACUUGGAAGAAUGCACGGUAUAUACAGCUUGAUUCAACCAUUUAUCAACACCAUCAACCGGCGCUAGAAAAAAAUGGUUAAAUUGAGAUUAUUUGAAUGUACAGGCUACAUAGGUUGAAAUGAUGCCUCUUUUUCUCACAUACAAGUUGUCUAUUUAUAGAGCAUGCGUAUCGCCAGUGUAAUAUAUGCGGUGUAACGAAAUUCUAUGGAGUUUUUUUUUAUAGGUUGUAAUUCUUUUAAUGAAAUAGUAAGUAAUAAUUCAAUUAUGAUUUUUAA